GUUAAGCACUCGUAUAUUGCCAAAAAGAAGAAGUUAGUGAUUUUACUGUGUGCUCUCAACGGCCGGGUUAACCUUACUUUGUGAAAAAUGUUCAAAAAAUUCGAUGAAAAGGAUAGUAUAUCAGGUGUACAGCAACUGAAAUCAUCUGUUCAGAAAGGAAUCCGAUCUAAGCUUUUAGAGCUUUAUCCACAUUUAGAGUCUUACAUCGAUCAGAUAAUACCGAAAAAAGACUCUUUUAGGAUUGUCAAAUGCCACGACCACAUCGAAAUCAUGGUAAACAGUGCAGGAGAGUUACUUUUUUUUCAUCAACGGGAAGGACCAUGGAUGCCUACAUUGAAGUUGUUACAUAAGUAUCCAUUUUUUCUACCGAUACAACAAGUAGAUAAAGGGGCAAUUCGCUUUGUCCUUAGCGGUGCUAACAUCAUGUGCCCAGGUUUGACAUCUCCGGGUGCACAAAUGACCGCUGCUCCAAAGGGAACAGUAGUUGCAGUUAUGGCUGAGGGCAAGCAACAUGCUUUGGCAGUUGGAAUGACAUCAUUGUCAACUGAGGAUAUGUAAGUCGAAAGGUUUAUAAAUACAAUUUUGGUUACAUUUGCAUCACAAUAAUAACUUGUGUUUAUAAAUUUCAGAGCAAAAAUAAAUAAAGGCGUUGGUGUUGAAAACUGCCAUUACCUCAAUGAUGGACUUUGGCAAAUGAAGGCUGUGAAAUGAGUUGUUACUUUAUUACUUACUGGAAUGCCUGUAAAAUAAGAUUAUUUAAUUCCCUAUUCAA